UAUUCUUUGUAAACACUUUUAUUUAAUGCAGAAGUUAAAAUAAAGUCGAGUUCAAAGGAUAAGCUUUGAAAUAGAAAAGAUAGAAAGUGAAUGAAAGAAUUAACAGUUUUGUUGUCAGUGAUCAAAAACUAUUUUAUUUUGAAUUUUCCUUACUAUCUUCAAACUAUGCGAAAAGAGAUUUGUAUGAAGAAAACAUCAGAGUGACGACAUAAAAACAUUAAAAAUGAGUACCGGCCAAAAUGAAACCGUUUAUAGUGAAUCAUCUAGUUUGGUACCGUCUCAAGCUGCAAAUGGUGAAGUGGCAACUCAAAAUCCACAGCCGAAUCAGAAGCCAACGGAGGGGGAAUCAAUCUUUGCGAUUAUCAAAUCGGUUGUCAUUCGAAUAGUAGUCGUCUUCGCCAUAUCAGCGUUUUUCCGUCGACCAGCUACCACACCAGUUCCAAAUACCAAAGACGGUAGCGCUGUUUCGUUGGAUCCACGAACACCAGCAUGGAAUCUUUUCGACAAUGGCACAAUAUUCGAUUUGCACGUUUACAUAUCGGAAGACUUUGACGUCGUGAACUUUGAUGAUCCGCAAAGCUUGUGCUGGUUCCAGGAGCAUUUAGUUUUCGGCGAUUGGUGGAGUGGCAGCAACGGUGAUGGAUCCUACACACAUGAGUGCAAAAUCCGUGCAUCACCAAAGCUGCAAAACAACGGCACCGUGUACAUGCACGCGUACGUAACGAAAUUCGGCAUGAGUCCAGACCCGAAAACGGGCAGCUCAUUUGCUGGAAAGAAGAUGGGUUACAUUCGACGGCAAUUGAACAAAUUCAAAAAGAUUCGGUUCACGAAGACACACAAUUUGUUGACCGGAGAAACAAGCAGAACAGAGGAGGAGAUUCGUAAGUCACAGAUCAUGUCCAACGAGAUAACAUCUCACUGGCAUCCGAACUUAACGCUAAAUUUGGUCACGGAUGAAACGAAUUGGGUGCGAGGAUCGGUGCCACAACCACUCGACGAGUAUGUCACGUUCGAUGCGAGUGGAAAGACAUACUAUCCCAUUCUGUUUGCCAACGAUUACUGGAAUAUGUUGCGCGAUUAUCAGCCAAUUAAUUCCACCGUCAAAACCCUGAGUCUGUAUGUGACAUUCCAGCCGUUGUCAAUGUUCAAGUGGCAACUGUAUGCGGCGCAAGCAAUGAAGGGUAAAUGGGCAGGAAAUAUUCUAGGCGAUACGUUCAGUACUGGCGAAGAACCAGAAGAAGAUCAAGAUUCUAUCAAAGAGACACUGCUGGAAACAAAUCCGUACCUGCUCGGCAUGACGAUCAUGAUAUCCAUUCUGCAUAGUGUUUUCGAGUUGCUGGCAUUCAAAAAUGACAUCCAAUUCUGGAACAAUCGCAAAUCUCUGGAAGGACUGUCAGUGCGUUCGGUAUUUUUCGGCGUUUUUCAAUCGUUGAUCGUGCUGUUGUAUGUGUUGGACAGUGAAACUAAUUACAUGAUUCGUGUGAGCUGUUUCAUUGGCUUGGGCAUCGAAGUUUGGAAAAUUCAAAAAGUCGUCGACGUUAAACUGAAUAAAGAGGAUCGUCUGUUCGGUAUCUUGCCACGUAUCUCAUUCACAGACAAAGGUUCGUACGUAGACUCCAGUACGAAAGUGUAUGACAAUCUGGCCUUUAAAUAUCUUGGCUGGUUAUGUUUUCCGCUACUGAUUGGGUAUGGCGUUUACUCGGUUUAUUUCAAUGAGCACAAAGGCUGGUAUUCGUUCGUCUUGAAUAUGUUGUACGGUUUCCUGUUGACAUUCGGAUUCAUAAUGAUGACACCCCAGCUGUUCAUCAACUACAAAAUGAAAUCUGUGGCACAUUUGCCAUGGAGAAUGAUGAGCUACAAAUUUCUGAACACAUUCAUCGAUGACAUAUUCGCAUUUGUCAUCAAAAUGCCCACGUUGUAUCGUCUGGGUUGCUUCCGAGAUGACAUCGUCUUUUUCAUCUUUUUGUACCAGCGCUGGAUCUACAAGGUCGAUCACAAGCGUGUCAACGAAUUUGGUUUCUCCAAGGAGAUGGAAGACGAGGCUACCAAAACAGUGGCAAUCCUACCGCCACCAGCCGAUCGUGAUACAUCAGCAGAAGAAGUCGAUCGUGAUGCAUCAGCUGAAGAAGCCGAUCGUGAUGCAUCAGCAGAGGAAGCUGAUCGUGAUGCAUCAGCAGAAGCAGCCGGUCGCGAUGCAUCAGAAGAAGAAGCUGACCGUGAUGCAUCAGCAGAAGAAGCCGGCCGUGAAGCAUCAGCAGAAGAAGCCGUUAAAUCCGAUAAAGACAAGAAAGCCGAUUAGAUAGAUCCAAUUUCCGUAUAAUGUAGUGUUUUGUGUAUAUGUAGCUCUCUUUUGUGUAAUGAUGGUUCGUUGUUAGCCAAUUUUUCUGUAUUUAUUUUGUAUUUUGUUCGUUUAAAUAAGUAUUUGUGGCAAUUAAAUUGGCCAUUAAAAUAAUACUCAAUCGUUGACUUCAAAUCUAUCAAAAGAAUUGAGUGUGUCGAUUGUCGAUUAUUUCGCUGUGUAUUUGUGAUCUCUAUGAAUCUCUAUGAAUAAUGAAAAUAUAUGGAGCUGAUAUUGAGCAAU